AAUCAUAUCUUUUUCAGUUAAUUUAAACGGUUGAGAUAUUUUUGUUAAAUAAAAGCAGGAUGAAGGUGUUCGCUUCAACAUCAAUCACCAAGUUUUGAAGAAUGAAGUACUAAGGUUCUGAAAGUGAAAGAUGAAAAGCUAGGAAGAAAACAAAUGUCCAGGGGAGGCUCUGAAGAAGCAUCAGAAACUUACAAUGAGUGGUUCAAUGUAGAGCAGUGGCUGAAAUCGCAGGUUUUCUCUUUGCCUGAGUGCAAAUGGCAUUGCUCCUCCUCCUCCUGGACGUACAGCUUUAGCCACUAAAUCAAAGAACGUAGUUUCAAAAAUAGCUAGCGCACAGCUCCUAUUAUAUAGGAGUAUUUGGAAUGAAGUACGUGCAUUUUACUGGUUUCCUGCAUCAUUGCGGUGUUUCUUGACCUUUCCAUUUCUUCCUCCUGUCAUUGGUGGUCUGGCGUAUAUGAGAACCGAUUUGGAUCUGGACAUCGUGGUCACUUGCUUUGGACCAUUUGCGAAAUCUUCUUUCUUAAGCACAUUAUAAUGAAAUUUUGGACGAGUGUCACCCACUUUGAGGGUUUUUGGCAGGAUCAACUGAGGCUGGUUAGAUUGUCCUAGAAUUUUCUGCAGAAAUCAAUCUUAAGCCAGUACACUGAAGCUUGGUGAGAACUCACCUUUCAUAGUAUGUGAAGAUGCUGAUAUUGACAGAGUUGUGGAGUUAGCACACAAUGCUUUGUUCUUCAAUCAGGGGAAAUGCUGCUGUGCUGGUUCUUGUACUUUUGUUCAUGAAUAUGCAUAUGAUGAGUUUCUGGAAAAAGCGAAAGCAUGUGCCAUGAGACAUGUUGUUAAUCCUUUCAAGAAGGGAGUUAAGUACGGUC